AUGAGCCCUCUGCUGUACUAUGCCCUGCCUGCCCUGGGCGGCUAUAUCACACUGUCCAUCUUCUUCCUGCGCCGGCCCCGCCUGCUGCACACACCCCAUGCCCCAGUCUUCUGUCCCCGCCUGGUGGCCCACCGAGGAGGCUCCGGAGAGCUGCUGGAGAACACCAUGGAGGCCAUGAGGAACGCCAUGACCCAGCGAGCAGAUCUCCUGGAACUCGAUUGCCAUCUGACAAGGGAUGGUGUGGUGGUAGUGUCACACGACAAGAACCUGUCCCGCCAGUCAGGCCUAAAUAAGGAUGUGAGCAGCCUGGACUUUGAGGAGCUGCCCCUCUACAAGGAGGAGCUGGAGGUUUACUUCUCACCAGGCCACUUUGCCCAUGGGUCAGACCGGCACAUGGUGAGUCUGGAGGACAUGUUCCAGAGGUUUCCACAGGUGCCCAUGAGUGUAGAGAUCAAGGAGAAGGAUGAGGAGCUCAUUUACAAGAUAGCAGACCUGGUGAGGCGCUUUGACCGCAAUGAGAUCACCAUCUGGGCCUCGGAGAAGAGCUCGAUCAUGAAGAAGUGCAAGGCUGCCAACCCUGAGAUGCCACUGUCCUUCACGAUAAGCCGAGGAUUCUGGGUGCUGCUACUCUAUUAUCUGGGGCUGCUGCCCUUCAUCCGGAUCCCUGAGAAGUUCCUCUUCUGCUUCCUGCCAACCAUCAUCAACAGGACCUACUUCCCAUUUUCCUGCUCUGGGCUGAACCAGUUGGCAGCUGUGGUUUUAAAAUGGAUCAUCAUGAGAAAGAGUCUGAUCCAACACUUGCGAGAGCGAGGGGUGCAGGUAGUGUUUUGGUGCCUUAAUGAAGAGUCGGAUUUUGAAGUGGCCUUCAGUCUGGGGGCUACUGGUGUCAUAACAGAUUAUCCCACAGCCCUGAGGCGCUACCUGGACAACCAUGGACCCRUGGCCCCAGCCUCCUAAGUCUGAGUUCCUCUCCUCUGUUUCUCUUCCUGAAAAAUAAAUAUUUUCUUUUC